AUGGACAUAACGAAGACAAUAUUUCUAUAUUCUGGACCAUGGACGUCUGAACAUUAUAACAAGAUCUUUCAUCCAAACCUUUGCCACGUUUGCAAGAAGACUAGAGAAGUGGUAAAUUUGAUAACAUGUAAUCGAUGUUUCAUGAUCUCAUACUGCUCCGAAGAUCACAAAAACGUACAUCUUCCGCAACACCGCAAGCUUUGCACAACUAUAGAAAAAAUCCUGAAGAGCAAUCCGCAAUAUCUCACUCGCCGUUUUAGACCGUUUGAAUUCCUUGUAACAAAGCGUCAAUUUUUUCGAAUAAUUGAACAUAUUCUACGACGUAAUCUUGAGAAAUACGAAGCUGAAAUGUUCUUCUUCGCUAGAUCAUGUUUAAUUUGUCACCAACAAACCGGACUGUAUUCCUGCAAAAAAUGUUUGUCCGCCGACUAUUGUUUAGAACACAAAAAAGAAUUUGAAGAGCUACAUCACACCCUUUGCGACGUUUUAAUAUUGUGGCUCAAUCUUGAGCUUUCAAAUAUUCAGUACGAAAGUAAAGCCUCAUUAUCGUUGAAAUUUAUGAAGUUACCUGAUAACGAUGGAUCUUUCAAUGAUAUGACAAGAUUUAUAGAACAAUAUAUACAAAAUGAAACGGGUGUAUGGUACGCUUUGGAUUACAUCUAUACCGAUUAUGUGUCAGAACCGCUCUCGAUAUAUCAUGGCAUAUGCUGCGCAGGAUUUCUUGAUAUACUAUUGACCGAAUCUAUCUGUGUCAUUCAUGUUAUAGCAGCAAACUCUACACAAAGAAACGGCUUAUCAGCUUGGGAAAUAUUGUUACACCUUUUCUCAAAUAUACAAGUGCUAAUAGUUGUAUUGAUAGGAGCAGAGUUACACUUUGAAUUUGGUAUACAAGAGAUUUGUUUCCGUUGUGUUCGCAAUAAGAAGAAGUUUAUCUUUGAAUGUUGCGGUAUGAUAUAUAGCGAUUAUAUGGACAAUCCGAUGCAUAGAAAAGCGAACUUGAUCGUAGGUUUCCAACCAUUUUUUGAAUUUGGUUCAUGGGACAAAUGUAUACAGACAAUGCAAUCUCAGGAAUGUCCAAUACUGUUAAUUCAUCAUACGAUAGAUGCAGCAAUAAGAAUGGUACAUAAGAUUCGGAAUGUUUUGGGUGAUGAUGUACAUCCUUUUCUUAUCGUUAAAAAUAAAUUCCAGUCUCUAAGACCAUAUAGAGCUAUUGACGUUAUCUAUUAUCGUAAUUCAUGUUUGAUUAUCUAUAAAACAUUAAAGAAUACAGACAAUACGACUGAAAGCAGUAGUUAA